AUGGUCGAUUUGUUGAAACAAACGUUGGCCAAGGUAGGUGAGCUGGUGUCCAUCUCACCGGACGCACUACGAAUGAGGACCAGGCGCCUUUGUGAACGCAAACCCAGUGGAAAGUGCUACGUCGAUGAGAAGAUUGCAGAGGACUUCAAACGGGGAGGUGAGAGCAGAGAGAUUUUAGAAAUGGCUCUAUUAGAGUCAUUGGGUCGCUUUGGGACCAAGAGGUGUCACUACAAGAAGAUCAAGGCAGACUUUCUUGCGAAAUGCAAAGUCAUCAGGGAAAAGAUGGAGUCUAAGGAGUCCGAGGUGACAGGACGUUGGUAUACGGAAGAAGCCAUGAAGAAGGGAAGUGGACGAAGACCGAGAUCAAAAGCAUUAUCCAGUACUGCCGACGAUUUCCGGAGUCACUCUGCAGGUGCACAUGUGACUCAAUGCAUGGGUGGGGCCAUAUAUCAGCCUUGCACUGAUUUUUGGAUACAGCAUAUAUUUAAAAAAUGCAUUUAUAUAUAA